GGAGAGGCAGAUACAGAUUUGCAGGAACUCCGGGCCUCAAUGGAACAACUGCUUAAGGAGCAGCCUAGUGAGGAAUUCAGUGAAGAGGAGGAGUCUGCUUUAAAGGCAAAUGUCAUGGAAUGCAUACCAAAUUAUAUGGAGCUGGAUGAAGAUGAAAAUAAUCCCAGCAGUGAAAGUGCACUUAAUGAAGAAUGGCAGUCAGAUAAUAGUGAUGGAGAGAUUGCCAGUGAAUGUGAAGAAUGUGAUAGUAUCUUCAGUCAUUUGGAAGAGCUGAGAGAGAACCUGGAGCGGGAAAUAGGCUUUGAUAAAUUCAUUGAAGUUUAUGAGAAAAUAAAGGCUAUACAUGAAGAUGAAGAUGAAAAUAUUGACAUUUGUUCAACUAUAGUUCAGACUGUUCUUGGAUAUGAACACAAACACCUGUAUGCCAAAAUACUUCACCUAGUAAUGGCAGACGGAGCCUACCAAGAAGAUAAUGAUGAAUAAACCUCACUCAGGAAAUUCUUUAAUGCUUUACUACAAAUCUGUAUUUGAAGUCUGCACAGCUGAAUAACAAAUUGUAGUGGAGAAUGUAACAUGGGGCAGGAGAAACAAGACUUCAAAGAAGAACGCUGAUUGUAUGAAAGAGUAAAAACAUGUCUUUCAAGAUUCUGAUACCUAUAUACUUCUCUUGUGUGUACUUGCUUAUGUCUUCAUUAAAUAUUAGAUGCC